AAAAGCAAUUAGCCUUAGUAUUUCGCAAAGAGGUUUAUCCCUAUGAUUAUAUUGAUUCUUAUGAUAGGUUUCAGAAGACAGAGCUUUCUCUAUUAGAAGAAUUUCAUAGUACUCUUAAAGGUAAGAUUACUCAAGCAGAUUACCAACAUGCUAAAAAGUAUGGGAGAAAUUCAAUU